CUCCCAUCUCGAAGACUACGGCUUUAUCUCCAACGACCUCGCAUUCACCUCCCACCUGUAUCUCUUCUUACCUGGGUCGCCUUGACAGGUCUUGCAAUGCUUCUCCAUUAAGAACCAAACAACGCCGGCCGCGCUUCAUUGGCGCGUGUUCGGCGCGGAGUUGCUUUCCUGGAAUUUAUUUGCGCACCUCUACUGCGACCCUAGUUAUCAUCGAUUACUUCCAAUAGCCGGCGAUGUUAGGUCAACGGCACGUCAUACGGUGCUUCCCUCGAAGCCACCGACGACUGCUCGUAGGCCGCGGCCAGAGACGCAACACCUCCAACUUCAAUGUCGUGGAGCACGUGGUAAAGGCGCAGCAUACACGCGAUCGAGCGGCGGGAACACUGGGAAGUCGAGAUACGCUGAGACUGCACGUGAACCAAUACAUUCCGAAAGGCGACGCAUCAUCAAGACGCGAUGAAGGCGUGACGAUCAUCGGCGCCCAUGCGAAUGGCUUCCCGAAGGAGAUGUGCGAGCCUUUUUGGGACGACUUGGAGGAUUGCAUGCGUGCACAAGGCUGCUCUAUUCGAAGCAUCUGGAUUGCGGAUAUUGCCAGUCAGGGCCAAAGUGGCAUUCUGAAUGAGGCUGUGUUGGGUCCAGAGCCAAGCUGGCUCGACCACGCACGAGACCUUCUGUUCCUGAUCAACCAAUUCCAAGAAGAGAUGCCACAUCCUAUCAUUGGCAUCGGAAACAGCGUGGGCGCAUCACAUCUAGCACAUCUUGCCCUCCUACAUCCUAGACUUCUGCACGGCUUGAUCCUCGUGGACCCCAUCCUCCAAACAUCGCUCCUCCCGCAUAAACAAUUUGCACGACUCUCCACGCUCCGAAGAGAUACUUGGCCGUCGCGGGCGGCAGCCGCUGCCAAGUUCCGGAGCAAUUCUUACUACCAGAGCUGGGAUCCGCGCGUGCUCGACAAGUGGCUUGCUUUCGGCUUGCGAGACGUGGACCAAGGGCCGGCGGGGAACAGUGCUGAUGGACCGCCGGUGACUCUCAGUACGACCGUCGCUCAAGAAGUGUAUUUCUACCUACGGCCAAAAUAUUUCGAGGAAAGGCUGCUUCAAGACGACAGACCUCCCGACGAUCACCAUUCCGAGGACAUGGAUGGCCUUCCGUUUUGGCGCCCCGAGAUGGACCAGCUGUACCGUCAAUUGCCCGAGAUCAAGCCUAGCACGCUGUACGUCUUUGGCAAAGAAUCUCCAGCAUCGCCGCCAGAGUACCGCAAAGCAAAGAUGGAUCUCACCGGAUCUGGCAAUGAUGGCAACGGAGGAGUAGCAGCAGGCAGGGUGGAAGAGGUCGUCUUGAACUGCGGGCACCUGGUCGGGAUGGAGAGACCGAGAGAGUGCGCAGAAGUGUGCUCUCGCUUCAUUGAUAGAGAAAUGACGCGAUGGGAAGGACAAGAGCGGAGACGAGCAGAAGUGGCCCGCAAACUGACGCGAGAAGAGCGGGUUGGAAUUAAUGAUCUGUGGAAGCGGAACUUGGGAGUCGAAGAUCGAAGGAAGUGAUGACUUAUGUACAGA